GUGCUGUAUGCGGAAGCAGAACCACCGUGGGAGGGUAGCAGGCUGAGGGGGUCCGGGAGAGGUCGGCCGCUGGUUGUUGGGGUCGUCGUGGUGUCUGCGGGGGUCAGGUCUGAGAGGUCUGCAUUUGCGGAUAGUCGUCUCAAGGCGCUCGGCAGGAUGGAGUAGCGAGCCGCCCAGCGCACGGACACAUCAGUCGCAGGAGGCCGGCCGCUCGAGGUUCUGUGGUGUCUGUCGGCGGUGUGUGAGUGGACGGACGCGCGGCCCGCUGACUGCGGACAUGGCCCGGUGGACGCGGCUGGCCGUGCUGGCCGUAGCGCUGCUGCUGCUCGCGCAAGAGACGGCGUCUCAGCAGACCUGUGAGAGAGGUUCCUGCCUGCCGGCAUCCGGGAACCUGCUCAUCGGCCGCGAGGCCCGUCUGGAGGCGAGCUCGACGUGCGGCACCCGCCGGCGGGAGCGCUACUGUAUCGUGUCCUAUCUGGAGGAGCGGACCAAGUGCUUCUGGUGUGACUCUCGGCCACAGACCGAGAACAAGCUGCUGCUGAACCACCAGGUCAAGUAUGCCGUGCGUAACACGCAGAUCGGCAGAAGGGGGCACCGUCGGCUCACCUGGUGGCAGUCCGAGAACGGCGUGGAGAACGUGCAGCUCCAGCUGGACCUGGAGGCCGAGUUCCAUUUCACCCACCUCAUCAUGAAGUUCAAGACGUUCCGGCCGAAGGUCAUGCUCAUCGAGCGGUCCUACGACUUCGGGAAGACUUGGCAUGUGUACCGCUACUUCGCCGACAACUGCGCCGAGCACUUCCCGGGCGUGCGAGUCGGUGGUCCUCGCACUCUGUCCGAGGUGGUGUGCCAGGAGCGCUACUCACGCGUGCAGCCGUCCGUGCGUGGCGAGGUGAUCUUCCGCGCGCUGCCGCCGCGCAUGACGCCCAAGAACCCGUACAGUGAGGAGGUGCAGCAACUGCUCAAGAUCACGAACCUGCGCGUCAACUUUACGGGCCUACACACGCUCGGCGACGACCUGCUGGACCAGCGUCGGCAGAUCAAGGAGAAGUACUACUACGCCGUGUACGAGAUGGUGGUGGCCGGCCGGUGCUCGUGCUACGGCCACGCGCCGCGCUGCCUGCCGCUGCCCGGCGUCGAGCCGGUGCCCGACAUGGUGCACGGCCGCUGCGAGUGCAUCCACAACACGCAGGGCCUCAACUGUGAGCGCUGCAUCGACUUCCACCACGACCUGCCCUGGAAGCCGGCCGUCAGCAGGGAGACCAACGCCUGCAAGCGCUGCAACUGCCACGACCACAGCGACCGCUGUCACUUCGACCCGAUCCGCUUCAACCAGACGGGCUUCGUGAGCGGCGGCGUGUGCGACGACUGCCGCCACAACACCGAGGGCUACAACUGCGAGAUGUGCAAGCGCGGCUUCUACCAGGAGCCGGGCCGGGAGCUGCGCGACCCCAGCAUCUGCCGAGCGUGCGAGUGUGACCCGCGCGGCUCGCUCUAUGACGGCCUGUGCGAGUCGACGGCCACCGAGGAGCUGCCCGCCGGCCACUGUCAUUGCAAGGAGAAGGUGGGCGGGCCGCGCUGCGACCGCUGCCUGCCCGGCUACUGGAACUUCACCGAGGAGAACCCGGCCGGCUGCCAGGAGUGCACGUGCGACCCGCUGGGCACGCUGCCGGACAUCGGCUGCGACCAGCAGACGGGCCACUGCCGCUGUAAGCGCAACGUGGUGGGCCGCAACUGCGACCAGUGUCCGGAGAACUUUUGGGGGCUGAGCGAGCAUCGGGACGGCUGUAAGCCGUGCGACUGCGACCCGGGCGGCGCCUACGACAACGUUUGCGACGUGCUCACCGGACAGUGCAAGUGCCGGCCGAACCUGGCCGGGCUCAGGUGCAACGAGCCCAAAGAGAACUACUUUGGCGGCCUGCUCGACUACAUGGUGUACGAGGCCGAGACCGCCUCCGUCGACGACCGGUCGCAGACGGUGGUGCGGGAGCCGUACCGGGACGGCCGGCGCGUCAGCUGGACCGGACCCGGUUUCGUGCGCGUGUUCGAGAACUCGCACGUCGAGUUCGACGUCGACAACGUGGAGCGGUCGCUCGACUAUGACCUGGUCAUCCGCUACGAACCGCAGUCGGCGGCGACCUGGGACAACGUGCAGGUGACGGUCAUCCGCGACCCGGAGGACCCGAUCGACCCGGCCGGACAGUGCGGCGCGUACCGGCCCGAGAGCGACCGCCAGCAGCUGGUGCUGCCCUCCGACCGUCGCUACAUCACCGGCUACCCGCCGCUCUGCCUGGAGCAGGGCAAACACUACAAGAUCCGCAUCGAGUUCUUGCCGUUCAACCAGCCCGACCCGAGCCGCAACGUCGGCACGCUCAUCGACUCGAUCGCGCUGAUCCCUCGCGUCACCGAGGUGCCGAUCUUCUCCGGCUCCGAGGUCGCCUCGCUGCGCAAGCAAGAGUUUGACCACUACCGCUGCGCCGAGUACUUCUACCAGGCGUACGGCGGCGACGAUAUGCCUGAGGCCUGCAAGAAACACAUGGCCAGCAUCGGCUACUAUGUGUUCGAGGGCGCCAAGGACAAGGAGUGCGGCUGCGACCCGACCGGCUCCGAGUCGGCCAUCUGUGACCCGCUCGGCGGCCAGUGCAAAUGCAAGCCGAAUGUGGUGGGCCGGCGCUGCGAGUCCUGCGCGCCGGGCACCUACGACUUCAGCCCCGAGGGAUGCACAGCGUGCGACUGCAACGCUGUGGGCUCGCUGGACAACUUCUGCGACGCCACCAGCGGCCAGUGCGACUGCCGUCCCAACACGUACGGCCGCAGCUGCGACGAAUGCCAGCCGGGCUUCUGGAACUACCCCAACUGUGAGCGCUGCGACUGCAACGGGCACGCGCCCACCUGCCACCCGCGUACCGGCGUCUGCAUCGACUGCGCCGACUUUACGGCCGGCGACCGCUGCGAUAUCUGUCUGGAGAGCUACUACGGCGACCCGCGCUUCGAGGUGGACAUCCCGUGCCGGCCGUGUCCAUGUCCGGACACCAGGGAGAGCGGGCACUCGUUUGCCGAGCGCUGCUACCUGGACCCCAGCACCGAGAGCGUCGUCUGCCAGUGUCAGCAGGGCCACACCGGCACUCGGUGCGACGUGUGCGCCGACAACUACUUUGGCAACCCGGAGGAGCCGGGCGGCUCGUGCCGCCCGUGCGACUGCAGCAAGAACAUGGAUCCGUCGCGGCCGGGUAACUGCGACGCCGCCACCGGCGAGUGCCUGCAGUGCCUCUUCAACACGGCUGGCUUCAGCUGCGAACGCUGCGCUGACGGGUUCUACGGCGACGCCGUUGAGCGCACCUGUCGCGAGUGCAUGUGCAACAUGCUGGGCACGGACGCGUCGGCCGGCCCGUGCAACCCCGCUACUGGCCAGUGCAACUGCCUGGCCAACGUGAUGGGCCAACGGUGCGACCGCUGCAUAGCCAACCACUGGAAGAUCGCCAUCGGCGACGGCUGUGAGCCGUGCGCCUGUGACCCGGUCGGCAGCUUGAAGGACCAGUGUAACGAGUACGACGGCCAAUGCGUCUGCAAGCCGGGCUUCGGCGGCCGCCGUUGUAACCAGUGCCAGGACAACUUCUGGGGCAACCCGCGCAUCGAGUGUUUCGCCUGCGACUGCAACCCAUACGGCUCGGAGAACCAGCAGUGCCACCGCGACACGGGACUCUGCCCCUGCAAGGAGGGCAUGGGCGGCGACAAGUGCGACCAGUGCGCGCGCGGCUUCAAGGGCCGGGCGCCCUACUGCGACGCCUGCGGCGAGUGCUUCAACAACUGGGACCGCAUCCUGACCGAGCUGCGCGAGCGAACCGAGUACCUGGUGGAGGAGGCUGGCAAGAUCAAGCAGGGCGGCGCGUCGGGCGCCUACCAGCGCGAGUUCGAGCAGAUGCAGAGCUGGCUGGACAGCGUACGCCAGAUGCUGGGCAACGCCACCGUCAGCGACGACCAGGUGGACCGGCUGCAAGGCGUCAUCGACGAGGUCAGGUCGAACCUCACCGAGUCGGAGACGCUGCUGCAGGCGAUUGAGACGGACGUGGACGACACGAUGCAGCGCGUGCUGCUGGCCGAGAUCAAGGUGCCGCGCCUGCGCGGCCGCGCCGACUCGCUGCGCACCAUGGCACUGGCACUGAAGGAGAACGCUACGCUGCUGCAGGAGGCCAACGUGGACGGCGCGCUCUCGCUGACGCGCGAGGCGCACCGCCGCUCCGAGACGGCCGAGAUCAGGGUGCAAGAGACGGAGCGCACGCUCUCCGAGUCGGAGCGGCAGCGGCGGCGCACCGAGAACCUGCUCAGUCGCGCCGGACAACAGUUCAACCAGUCGCAGUCGACCAACCAGCAGCUCAUCGACGAGGUCAACCGGAAGCUGAGCGACUUCGAGAGCGAGAUCCCCGCCAUUAACGACCAGGUCUGCGAUGGCGAGGGUGACCCAUGCGAUUCGCUGUGCGGCGGCGCCGGCUGCGGGAAGUGCGGCGGCCUCUCCUGCGACGACGGCGCCGUCACCAAGGCGGCCAACGCCCUCUCGGUGGCCGAGGAUGCGGCGCGCGUGCUGGCCGAGAGCGAGCGGGAGGUGGACGGCCUCCUGCGCGGCGUGACGAUGGCCAAGCGCGCCGCCGAGGAGGCCUACAACUUGGCGCAGAUGGCCUUCACCGGCGCCGAGCUCAACCACAACCGCACGCAGGCCACUAAGCUGCGCGUGGAGGAGCUGCUGCAGCAGAUCGGCGACUUCUUGUCCAACGACGGCGCCUCGCCCGAGGCCAUCCGCGAGAUGGCGCAGGAGACGCUGUCCAAGUCGAUCUCUCUGCGGCCGGAGCAGAUCACCGACCUGGCGCGCCAGAUCAACAGCACCAUCAGCUCGCUGACCAACAUCCAGGUCAUCCUGGAUGAGACGGCCGACGACCUGGCCACCGCCUAUGCGCUCAAGCAGCGCGCCGACGUCGCCAAGUCGGCGGCCGAGAAGAUCCUGCAGACGGCUGAGUCAGUGAUGACAGCGCUGGACCGAGCCGAGACGGCCCAGCAGGCGGCCCGCACCGCCAUGGGCUCCGUGGAGACCAUCGUCGAGCUGGCCGAGGCCGACCUCGUCUCGAUCGCGUCCGUGGCCGGCGAGGCCCAGCGCCUGGCCGACGAAUCGCUCACCAACGUCAACGCGCUGCGCGUCCGCCAGAAGGACCUGAUCCGCGAGUUUUCGCGCAACGAGCUGGACGUCAAGGGCGCUAUCAAGGAGGCGCGGCUGGCGGCAGCGCUGGCUGACAAGGCUGAGCAGAACGUGGGCUCGCUGGAGACAGCGUACCAGGAGGCGAUUGACCUGCUCAGUAGCAAGAGCGACGCCAGUGUGUCGGCCCGCGAGCGCGCGCAGAGCCUGCUCGAGCGCGCCAACAAACUGGCGUCGCAGGCCCUGGGCCAGGUGGCCGAACUGGAGGAGAUGAACUCUGAGUUCACGCGCCACGAGAUCCGCCUGACCGACCUCUCCGACGAGGUGAUGGCGCUGAACGCGCGCAUGGAGGCCUACCUGCGGACCAUCACCGAACGGGCCGAGUACUACCGCACCUGUCAGUCGUAGGCUGCUGGGCCGGCCGCGCGCGCGCGCGCGUGGGAGAGAGAGAGACGUGGGCGCUGAUGCGAGAUGCGCCAGAGACGCGGCUGGCUGCCGGUGGAGUGCAAGCAGGUGCGAGCGAGUCACUGCUCAGAGCAGGCCCGCUGGAGCGCUCGCGCGUGCGUGGGCGUUUGCGUCCGUGUGUGUGUGUGUGUGUGUGUGUGCCAAAGUACGGGAACGAUUCACUGCCGCCUAGUUAAUCGAUAAUAAACGCAACGUCUGCUUUACGUAGCUUAAUGACGCAUAAUGGGCGGGGUAGCGGCGGCGCCGGCGUGUCUGGAGCUGGACGCUACGCAAACAGGUCGGGCUGGGCGCCUCUCCGCCGCGCUGCACCCUUACUCAUAGUUUUAGCUGUCAAUAGGCUCAGGAAUGACAACCUUUGGCCGCGGCGACCGCUGGGGUCAUCGUUACCAUUUGCUAGAUAGCCGCGCAUGCGUGUGACAGUGUACUUAGAGUUCUUAGCGGCCCGCGUCCCGCAGUGUUGUGCCAAACUUGUAACCCCGGCUAGUCCACGGAAUAAGACAAAUUACCUCCUCCAAGUGCUCUUAUGCCACGGCGACCGGUGUGCCUUGUCUGAGUGAAGGCGGCCGGGCUUGUCCAUCUCGCGCCCUCCGUGCGGAUCUGUACUUACCUGAUCAAAUAAAUGAUCAUUUUAUACGUCGGUA